UGUGUCGCUGACCCCCACUAGCCCGGAUGGCGCCAGUAGCCCAAGACAGCCGAGGGCAAUGCGGGCUGUUUAGACCUUGUGCGUUACAUAAGUCAGUGCUUGAGCGCAACAUGGACUAAGCAAUGAAAGACAGCCGAGCACAUUGCAGCAAUCAGAAAACGCUGGGACGGCCGGGAGGUGUUUGCAACGCGAGCUUGCAACUCUCCAUGUUCAAAUGUGGGGCAGCUCCUUUAUCGAUGCUGGUUAGCGAAGCAGCAGUCUUGACGUGUUGGUACUUGCGGUCGUGUGCGGCUAUUUUUGUGAUGCUUCUGUUGGGUUUCGCUUGCAUUGGUUGUUUCGAGGCAACGAGCUGCUGUGUGCUCAAGUUCGGCCUGGUUAGGCGCCCUCGGUUGGCGUAACCGCGGCUGCCCAGCUGCGAGACAUGCAUACUGGAAGGCGAGCUGGAACUCGGAUCACGAGGCUAAUCCCCACGCGCCACAUUGAGCACGUGUGUUCUUGCUGUCGCCUGGUCGAAAGACAAGACGCAUGCACGUGCUCCACGCCUCACACGGCUUCGGUUCUCGCCUGUCCGAUGCUCGACGUAACACUACAUAUACGCGAGCGCAUCACACUUCACUGCAGUCCUCCAAGGCCUCAGCUCUCGACAUACUCCUCACUGCUGCUUCUGCUAGUGAAAAGAGAGAUUCUCAGCGCUGCUCCUGAAAGAGAGACAGAGAGAUGGCAACAAUGGUCAGAGGCGCCAGGAUGCCUGCUGCUGCACGGUCGUGGGCGGCGGGGAAGAACAAGAAGCUCCGGAAGCCGUAUACGAUCACGAGGCCGCGGGAGAGGUGGACCGAUGAGGAGCACCACCGGUUCCUCCACGCCCUGCACAUAUUCGGCCGUGACUGGAAGAGCAUCGAAGCCUUGGUGGCGACCAAGACGAGCGUGCAGAUCCGCAGCCACGCGCAGAAGCACUUCCUCAAGGCCCAGAAGCUCGGCCUCGGGGCGUGCCUGCCGCCGCCGCCGCCGCUUCACCCUCGCCGCGCCACGGUCCUCCGCCAGCAGCCGCCGGCCCACGCUGACACCGACAUGCUGGUGCCAAGCAUGGACUGGGCAUGCGCCGCGCCUGAAUCCCGCUCGCCGGACCUCGACGCGCCGGGCGGCGGAGAGUGGCCGUUCGCCGGUGCCCUGCACCCGCAGGACGAAACCAUUGAGCUCCCGCUGCCUCCCAACGACCUGCGCUUCGCUCUGGUCUACCGGUUCGUUGGCGACGUCUUCGCCUCCGACGCGGCUGUCCCGGUUGAGGCGCAACUCCAGAGGCUGCACCUGCAAGGCGUCGACCCCGUCGUCGUGGACACGAUCUGGCUGGUGCUAAGGAAUCUGGAAGCGAACCUGUGUGCCUAGGACGCGGCGAACGGCAUGGUUUCUUUCUUCGUCGACAGAGAAUUCGAAGCACGCUCGGUCACAUACUCACAUGGAUGGACAAGCAGUUUUAGUUUCUUGGAGUUGGUUCAUUUUAUGCACAAAAGUAAUUGAUGUGUAAAACAGAACCAUGUUCAUGGAAAAAAAAUGAAUUAGUUUGAAUCA